GUCAGUGGUUCUGACUGAACUCCCAGGUUAGACCUGUGGAUGGAGAUCCACCUGAGAGACCGCUGCCUGAGCAGGUGGGCAACAUCACAGGACUCUGAGUCUGUGGACGUCUGCGUCCAGAAGGCGCUGGCCGCCGUCUUCCCGCCCUUCCAGGCCUCGGCCCCCACCCUGCUGCCUCAGGUCCUCGCCGUGGUGGACAGCUGUUACCGUGGAGACGGCCUCCGCUUCCUCUUCCACUUCCUGCUUCCUUCCAAGCACUUCCUGCAGAACCUGCAGCAGGCUGCCUGCGCUCCGUUCUCCGGCCUGCUGUUCCGUCAUCCCGGCUGGCCGCUCUGCCUCCAUGACAGGAUAGUCGUCCAUCUUUGUCCUCUGGAUCCGCUCCUCCUCCUUCCAGGAGACUUCUACCUGCUGCUUUCUCCUCCUGCUGCCGCCCACGUCCCCCCUCGCCUGCUCCUGGUCAGCGCGUCAGCGGGCGGCCGCCAUGCGGAGCGGCAGGAGGUGCCGGCCCGGGCCCUGACCUCCAUCUUCAGCAUGGCUUGGCUGGACGCCGAGAACCGGGAGCGUGAGCGACGCGGCGCCGUCGGGCUGCGGCGCUGCGUCCUGUCCGCCCACGGCGACGUCUUCAGGGUCCCCUGGGAGGACGUCGUCCACCCGCAGUUCGUCAGCCGCUCGCGCAGCUCCGCCCCCUCAAGGUCGGACGGGAAGCCCCUCCCCCUCCCAGCUACACCCAGCCGGUCAGCAGCCAGCAGCGACGACUCAGAGGGCGAAUACGUGGAGCUGACGGAGCUGCUGCCGCCGCUACAACCUGCGCUGCCACGCUUCUCCCCACAGAAAGGAUCCCUGACCCAGUCUAUCAGCCUGCAGAACCGGACCAGAACCACAACACACUCCAACACCCACCCGUGGGCCCCCAAGGCUAGCUCACACACCCUGCAGUGCUCCAGACUGCUGGAGGAGAACUUCAGUUCCUCCUCCUGCUCCUCAGAAGGCCGCGGCGCAGCAGGGAGGAGCAGCAUGCACGUUGCAGCUGCAGGAGGUUCCAGCUGUGAGGGUUCCCAUAUCCAGUUACACAUCAACGCUGGUUCUAGUCCAAAAGAACCAGAAAAUCCCUUAGCUUCCCCAGCCCAGUCCUCCCAGUCCAGGUUCCAGAGUGUGCUGCUGGGAUCUGGAGCUGUGUGCCUGCCUGGAACCAGAGACAGAGCAGGCCGGGUUCUUCUCACCGUCUCCACCUGCAGCCCUGUGUGGUCGGAGCCAGGCUGCGAGAGCACUGAGCUGCUCCGCCUCAUGCUGUACUACACCUCCACCCUCAGGGCGGAGGCUCGAGUCAUGGGGCUGACGGUGUUGGUGGAUGCUCGAAGAGCUGCUCCUGCACCUGCCCUCUUCUCUGCCCUCCAGAUGCUGCGGGAGGACACGCCCAGCUCCGUCCACUCAGUCCUCAUCCUGGCUAACAGAGACUCAUCACUUUGGCUGGAUAAAGCUGCUGCUGCUCAGGUGGAGGUGCUGAGCUCCCUGAAGUCCCUGCAGAGACACGUGGAUCUGCAGCAGCUUCCUGUACAGCUUGGAGGCUCAUUCAGCUUCAGCCAGAGCAGCUGGAUCAGCUUCAGAUCGAGGGUGGAGCAGUUCUCCAGGCAGUGCAGCAGCGUCAUCCAUCUGCUGCAGGAAACUAUCAGCAACCUGCAGAGCACACCUUUACCUGCUGUUGCUGAGGAUGCAGAGCAGCUGCUGUCCAGCUGCAGGGCGGUGAUGUGCAGCACCCUGAAAGACGCCCGCUUGGUGCAGCUGCAGCAGGAGGGCGGGGCCUCUCUGGCCUGGCUGCGCAGGGACGAGGUGAUCUGCUCGGCGGAGGAGCGGCGGGCGGCGGUGGAGGCCGCGGCGUCUCUCUACGAUCAGGUGGACGACCUGCUGCAUCGCCUGGUCACUCUGUCCAACACCAGGACUCAGGAGCUCAGCUUCAUCAUCGAGUUCAGGACCCUGGAGCGUGGCUUCAGCCAGGUGAGGGCGUGGCUGGAGCAAGAGGGUGAACUCUGUCUGCAGUGUCUGAAUGAGCCAGUGGAUUCUCUGGAGCUGCUGAGCAGGAAACAACAGGACUUCAAGGAGUUCUACGCCGCCGCUUACGAGCGCUGCAAGCAGGGCGAAGCUCUGCUGAGCCGGCUGGAGCACUGGGGCGACGUCUCUAAUCCAGACCUGCACACCUACGAGGUCAAAGUUCACUCCUUCUGGGCCCAGCUGCAGGACUUCUCCCAGCGGAUUAAAAGCACCGAGCAGAACAUGGAGCGGGCCGUGCAGCUGUACCGCUUCCUGGACCAGGCCUACGGCUGGGCGCUGGAGGGCCUUCGCCAGCUGGCCUGCGUCUCCAUGGAGGACUGCACGACGCCGGACAAAUGCUGUGCUGUGAUUGGCUGCCUGGAAGACUACUGGUCAAAGCACCCUCCAAUCCCAGAGAGACGCUUCCAGGAGAUGAAGGCGGAGGCGGAGCUGCAGGGGGAGCGCGGCCUCCGCCAGUGGAGCUUCGCCUGGUCCAAGUGUCAGGAGACGGAGAACACGUUUGACAGGAAGAUGGAGGCGGCGCUCCGGACUCGGGACUCCGCCCACCGUUGCCGCACCGACUCUGUCGUCAGCACAAGCUCCGCCUCCUCCAGGAAGUCCACCCUGUGGGGAAUCCUUGAUGUGUCGCCGCCCACCCUGCAGCGCACACCGUUCCUGCGGCGCCUCCUGCGGAGCUCCUCCUCCUUCGAAGAGUCGGUGCGGCCGGACGUCUGCUCCCCCGGCUUGUUCCCGCCCUCCUCCUCCUUUUCCUCCUCCUCUUCCUCCAGGAGGCAGCUGCUGAGGAAGACCCAGAGCUUCGACCGCCCGGCCUCACCCGACCCGUCGCGCUGCGGCGCCAGCCCCCGCACCCUCAGCGAGCCGCCACGCAGAGGAAACACGGGCGUGUUCAUCCGCGGCCUGGAGGUCAGCAGCACGGAGGCAGCGGACCGGACGCUCCAUCCCAGAACCCCGGGGCAGAACUGGGCGGGUCCACGGAGCCCUGGGACAGCAGGGGGCGCCGCAGGGGGCGGCCGACCCAGAGGAAGUAAACUGCGGCACAUCGUGGAGGAGAUGGUGACCACGGAGCGCGAGUACGUCCGCUCGCUGCGUUACAUCAUCCAUCACUACUUCCCAGAGAUGGAGCGCGCCGACCUUCCUCAGGACCUCAGAGGGAAACGCUCCGUCAUCUUCGGCAACCUGGAGAAGCUGCUGGACUUCCACAGCCAGUUCUUCCUCAGGGAGCUGGAGGCCUGCUGGAAGCACCCACUGAGGGCGCCACACUGCUUCCUCAGACACCAGGAGCAGUUCAGCCUCUACGCUCUCUACAGUAAGAACAAACCCAAAUCCGAUGCACUGCUGGUAAACCACGGCCAGGCCUUCUUCAGGAGGAAGCAGCUGGAGCUGGGCGAUAAGAUGGACCUGUCGUCCUACCUGCUGAAGCCCGUCCAGAGGAUGAGUAAAUAUGCCCUGCUGCUCUCUGACCUCACCAAGGAGGUGGGCGGGGCUCAGGAGGCGGAGCUUGCCGCGCUGCAAGACGCCACCAACAUGGUCAAGUUCCAGCUUCGCCACGGCAAUGACCUGCUGGCCAUGGACGCCAUCAGGGAAUGCGAUGUGAACCUGAAGGAGCAGGGUCAGCUGAUCCGGCAGGACGAGUUCACGGUCUGGAGCAGCAGGAGGAAAUGCCAGCGCCGCAUCUUCCUGUUCGAGGAUCUGCUUCUGUUCAGCAAGCCCAAGAAGAUGGAGGGCGGGCUGGACGUCUUCAUCUACAAGCACUCCUUCAAGACGGCGGACGUUGGCCUGACGGAGUCCAGCGGGAACGACGGGCUCCGCUUCGAGAUCUGGUUCCGGAGGAGAACCGCCAAGAACCAGACCUUCGUCCUGCAGGCCGCCUCGGCCGACAUCAAGCACGCCUGGACCGCCGACGUCGCCCGCAUCCUGUGGAGCCAGGCGGCCCGCAACAAAGAGAUGCGUCUGAAGGAGAUGGUGUCCAUGGGAGUGGGGAACAAACCGUUUCUGGACAUCCAGCCGAGCGACGCCGCCAUCAGCGACCGGGCCGUCCAUUACAUCAUGAAGCCCAGAGGCGCCAGAACCAGGGCGUCCAUCGCCGUGGCGACCUUUGACCACUCCCACCCGUUCGGCAGGGCGGCGGCCUCGGAAGCGGCGGCAUCAGGACCGUCAUCCUGCACUCUGCUGGGACCGCUCAACCUGCACAUGUUCAGCCCCGCCGCCUCCUCGGCCGACGCCUCUUUCAGCUCCUCCUGCAUCGAGGAAGACGAGCAGGAGACCAGCAGCCAGCCCUCCAUGACCACCGAGAGCUCCGGCUCCUCGUCCCGCUGCCUCUCUGGCUCCACCGGCUCCGACAGCGGCUGCGCCUCCUCCCACCUGCGGGACGAGCCCCGCCCCUCCUCCGGAAAACGCCACGGCAACGGCGCCUUCAUCUCGGCUGAAGCUGCCACCGUCGUCUGACGCCGCUUCGCAGGCUAGUCCUCUGCUUUUAUUUUGAAGGCUGAAAGAGGAAGUUGUUGCUGUGGUUACUGGGCUGCGAUCUGUCUGCAGGUCUGGCGCUUCCCGGAGGAACGUUGGUUCUACUUCCUGUAAAUAUUCCUGUUCAGCCCGGUCAGCAGGUUCCUUCGGAACCGGCCCGGCGGUCCGACUGUACAUGUGUGUAAAUAUUCCUCAGCUGAACGUUGCUGACUCUUUUCUAACCUCACUAAUAAACACGUUUGAUGAAAA